CACGAUCAAGUAAAGAUCCGGCUGGGAAGCUGAUGUUCGCUCCAUUUGUGCGUGGUGCCGCUGCGAUCUCGGGGGCAACAGGGUCCCUGGCAUUGCGCCACUCGAGUGAGCGAAGACCUCCAGACGGUCAGCACCCGGAGCAAAGCUGUGUAUAUCGUGGAGGCGGGGGAUCUUUCUCGAUAGGCUGCAGUGCUGCUGACGGGCAGACGAAGUCGCGCAUCCCAUCACGUGAGUUAUCGCAUCCCAGGACGGCCCGCCGAGCUGGUCCAAGCUCCGUAUCGCCUAUCGUCAUGCGCCGCUGAUACAGCCAGUUGUUUAUUCCAAACUCCUUUUACGCUGCGCUGUUCCCAUUGACACAUCAGCCAUGUCUGGCGCUGUGGGCCGCGAGGCAGUCUUCCCGACUCGCCAGUCGUUGGGGUUGAUGAAGAGCAAGCUCAAGGGUGCAGAAGUUGGCCACAGCUUACUCAAAAGGAAGAGUGAAGCUUUGACAAAGCGUUUCCGCGAUAUCACCAGACGCAUCGAUGAAGCCAAGCGGAAGAUGGGACGUGUUAUGCAGAUAGCUGCAUUCUCGCUAGCAGAAGUUUCGUACGCUGUCGGUGGAGACAUCGGAUAUCAGGUGCAGGAGUCGGCCAAACAAGCCCGCUUCCGUGUACGGACGAAACAGGAGAACGUCUCGGGUGUCUUCCUGCCUCAGUUCGAAAGCUACAUCGAGGAGGGCGUAAACGACUUCGGAUUGACCGGUCUUGGAAAGGGUGGUCAGCAAGUUCAGCGGUCUCGAGAGACCUACGCCAGAGCCGUGGAGACCUUGGUUGAGCUUGCAAGUCUGCAGACUGCUUUCAUCAUCCUCGACGAAGUCAUCAAGGUCGUGAACCGAAGAGUAAAUGCUAUUGAACAUGUUAUUAUUCCUAGGACAGAGAAUACGAUCAAAUACAUUAACUCCGAACUCGAUGAACUCGACAGAGAAGAGUUCUACCGUCUAAAGAAGGUGUCGAAUAAGAAACAGCGAGACACUGCUGCCGCAGAUGCUGAGAUGCUUGCUAAGCGACACCAGGCUGACGCCACAGAAAUGGGCACGGUCGAGGCAGCUGUUCAAGCGCAAGGGGAGCUGGGACCAACCCCAGAUGUCUUGGGAGAGCAGCAAGACGCGGACGUCAUUUUCUGAGCAUUUCCUUUG